AUGUGUUUCAUGGAGAUAUAUGGUUGUUAUCAACGAUAUUCCAAUUCGAUUUCGAUUGAUCAACGUAAGUUGACACUGUAAAGAAUUUAAAAAAGAAAUAUUACGAAAUCUUCACUGCUUUGUUUAGAAAAAAAACUAUCUCUCAUUUCCAAAUUUUUCCUUGUCAAAAUCUAAAAAAUUGAUAAUAAACUUGCAUUGCAUGUGUUCUUUUUUAUUAAAAUCAUAAUUUUAAUCGACUUUUGAAACUGUUAUUUUUUACAGAAUGUCGUCUUAUGGGUUUAUAAUUGUACCCCAAAAAUCGACAAAUGAAGUGGAUCUUGUGAAACCACUUACAACUUAUAUUGAUAGUGUUUAUAAUACUUCGGAUGAUAAUAAAGCUGAAAUAUCAGAAGCUGUUCAAGAAUUGAAUAAACUUCGAUCAAAAGCUUGUUGUCAACCAUUGGAUCGACAUCAAUCUGCUUUGGAUGUUGUUACAAGAUAUUAUGAUCAAUUAGUUGCUAUCGAAAACAAAAUUAUCAUUUCUGCCACACAAAAUUCGAUAGUUUUUAAAUGGGAAGACGCGUUUGAUAAAGGAAGCUUUUUCCGCAGUCCGGCAAGUUUUCAGAAAACUUUUUGGGAUUAUGAAUGGAAAUAUGUUAUAGGCCUCACUUUCGCUUUCUGAUGGUUCCUUUGAACGCGCCGCUAUUCUUUUCAAUUGUGCGGCAUUGAUGUCUGCAAUAGCCGGAUCUCAGAAGUUCCAUACCGAUGUGGAAAUCAAAACAUCUGCCAGUCUUUUCCAACAAGCUGCAGGUGACAAUUUAAAUUUAAUAAACCAUUCAAGUUCAAAAAUCAAGAAUUUUUAGGAAUUUUUGCGAAGUUACGUGAUAGUGUUCUUGGAAUGGUUCAACAAGAUCCAACUCCUGAUCUUAUGCCAGAUACACUUGCCGCACUUUCUGCAAUUAUGGUUGCUCAAGCUCAAGAAUGCAUUUAUAUCAAAGGGAAAAAGGAUAAUAUGAAACCAGCUGCAAUGACUAAAAUAUCUGCACAAUUGGCUGAUUUUUAUGUGGAAGCUCAAAAAUUGAUGGCAAAAGAUGUGGUUUAUGGUGUUUUCGAUACUGUGAUGGUUAGCACAGUUACUGGGAAAUUAUUGACUUAUCAAGCUUUGUCACAAUUUCAUCAAGCUGAAGUCGAUGCGGAGAAUAGAAAAAUAAGAGAUCAAUUAUCUCGCUUGCAAGAAGCUAUAAAAGUCGCUGAAACUGCACAAAAUACAAUUGGAAAAAGAAGCAGAAUGGUUGACCACUCUAUUUUCAGCAAUCUCAAAAGCUCAUUUCUCUGCUAAAAAGGAUAAUGACCUCAUCGUAAGUAGUUUUCUAAAUGAUGAAUAAUUGAAACUAAUAUCAAUUUCAGUAUCACGAAAGAGUAACCGAUUUCCGUUCACUUGCUCCAUUACCAAAAGCAGCCUUGGCUAAACCAACUCCAAUAACUGGACCACUUUCACCAAAAUUCAAAGAUAUGUUCUCAUCUUUGGUUCCAGUUCAAGUUCAUAAUGCAAUGCAAUCAUAUGAAGCAAGAAAAGCUGAAUUAAUUAAUAUGGAAACUGUUCGAAUGAGAGAAGCAACUCAACUUAUGAAUGGGUUAGUUUUUAUUAUGUGGAAUUACUUUUCGAACUAUUUUUAGAUUUUUGUCGAGUUUGAAUCUGCCGGCUUCAUUAGAUGAUGUAACAUCAACAGAAAUCCUACCCGAAUCAAUUAGACGAAAGUCUAUAAAAUUAAAAGAAAAUGGUGGAUUGGCCGAAAUUCUACGGUUGCUCAGGGAAUUACCAUCUUUUUAUCAAAGAAACGAGGAAAUAUUAUCAAAAACAAGUCGAGUUUUGAAUAAUGAAAAAGAAAGCGAUGAUACAAUGAGAAAACAAUUAUCCACAAAAUGGAAUCGAAUGCCAAGUGAUCAAUUGACUGGACCAUUAGUACAGGAAAUUGGUAAAUUUCGGAAAGUAUUGCAUACUGCUUUAGAAGCUGAUAGAAUGAAUAGAUAUAAAUUCAAUACACAUAGACAAAUGAUCGAGUUAUUAUCGAAAAAUGAGAGUGUAUUGAAAGCUGCAAUUCCUGGACAAACUGCACAUUCAACUGGAGAAACUGAAACAGUUCGAAAAUUGAAAGAAUUAAUGAAAAAAUGGACAGAUUUGACACAAAAAAGAGAACAAUUGGAAAAGGAUUUGAAAUCAACAAAUUGUGAUAUUGCUACUGAUUUUUUGAGAGCAUUAGCUGAAAGUCAAUUAAUCAAUGAGGAACAAAUAUCAAAGGAAAAGAUCAAUGAAUUAUUUGGAGCACUUCGAAAUCGCGUACAAAAAUCAUUGAAUGAUCAAGAGGCUUUGAUGAAUGAGAUUCAGACUUGGAAUAAUAAAUUUUCUGGAGAGAAAGCAGUAUCGGAUUCGGGGUUGAAAAGAGAAAGAUUUUUGACAACUUUAGCUCAAGCAGCUGAUGUUUAUGCUGAAUUGAGGGCCAAUUUAGAAGAGGGAACUAAGGUAGGAUAUUAUGUGGUAACGAAAUCUACCAGCCUAACCCAAGAUUUUUUCAAUGAGCCAUUUUUUGCAGUUCUACAACAUCCUUACUCCAAUUCUUGCUAGAUUACAACAAAAAGUCAGUGAUUUUGUAUUUGCACGACAAGCUGAAAAGGAGGAUUUGAUGCGACAAUUACAAUUGAGCAUUGUUUCUGGUUAGUAUUAGGAGUGUUACUCGGAAAAAAUCUCGUCACAAUGACGCGAAAACCCGUUUGUUUUUUAGGUGCUGCCCAACAAGCCGUCGUUGGUGCAGUCUCCUCAUAUUUUUGGAAUUACGUCACAGGUAAGAUAUCGAUUUUUUAAAUUGAUUAUCACUAAAUCAAUAUUUCAGGGACUACUGCAGCAGAUCCACCAAUACCUCCAUCAAAUCAAUAUGAAAGUAUUGAUUCACUGAUUCCACAGAUAGGAAAUGCGCAGAAUUCACAAGGUCAAGAUUGGUUUCAUCCCAAUAACGAAAAAGACAACAUUAAAUAUAUUGCGAAAACGUGAAAUGCCACGUGGAUUUUAAAUAAUCAUUUCUCCAAUAAUUUUUCAUUCCAAAAUUAUAUUUUCAGGCCAAUCACAAUCAAUGACGUUUCAACCAACAUUCUCAACUCCUUAUCCAAAUUUCCCAGGAGCUUUUCCUUCUUAUCAACAACAAGGCUAUUUCCCACCAAAUACCCGAUUUCCCAAAAAUCCUUAA